AUGGCACCCAUCCUCACAUCAAAUCCAUCAGUAACGCUCAACCCCGAGCCACUGACUCCCGAGAACUUCGCACCCUUCGGCACCGCCAUCUCCUCACCUCUCCCCCGCGAUCUCAAUGUCGCCCCCCAGCCAUCGUCACUACCAUCGCACAAUCCCGCGCCGGUACUCACCAACCAAAACUCCGCCUUGAAAUACAGUCCGAUCUCCCCACUCCUCGACCGCUACACCAAUGCCUGUCCGAGCGGGAAAGCGUCCGAAGCGCGGAUGACCAUGUUCUGCUGCUUUCCGCGCCAAUUGCGCACCGUCACCCCCGGGCAGCAACCCAACAAAGAGGUCUUUGACGUGCGCAUCCUCGAGCGCCACCCAUUCACGAACCAAACAUUCAUCCCCAUCGAUCUAUCGAGUCACUCCAAAGUGGGCGACCGGGAAGACGAACCCAUUUACCUGGUAGUAGUCGCGCCUACACGAAAGGGGGAAACGGCGACAGCGAAGAACGAGGCUGGUGAAACGGUCACUAUUCACGACCCGCCGGAUUUGCACAAUGUCAAGGCCUUCAUUGCGCAUGGCGGCCAGGCGGUUACCUACGGCGUGGGCACGUGGCAUGCGCCCAUGGUCGUGUUGGGGCGUCGGCGCGUUGACUUUGUCGUGGUACAGUUUGUGAAUGGCGUCGGUGAUGAGGAUUGCCAGGAGGCGGCGUUUGACGAGGGUAUUGUGGUGGACUUGGGCCACAAUGGUCAGCAUGGACGGAAGGAGAAAGGCCCCAAGCUGUGGACGGCUAAGCUUUAA